UCAAUUUUAUAAACGCUACCUAGUAUGAAGUACCUUGUUGAACAUUUAGACUCUGAAGAGGUUGGAGAAUGGACUAUAUGUGAAUAUGAGCACAUAUGCGAAGUAGUAGGAAAACAUCGAGCAAUAUUUACGAACAUAUCCUCUAAGAUUAGAAAACUUUUACCGGAAACUUUAAACUUGGAAUCUAAAAGCGCUAAUCUGUUGAUUACUGAUCCUAAAAGAGCUUGCUUGUUAGAUUCUAAAGCUGACAAAGGGUUAGAACCUAAAGAUGCCGAGUUAUACGACUACAUCGUGUGCUGCGGAAUUUUGGGCGACGAUCCUCCUCGUGAUAGAACGAGUAGCCUUCGAAACUUUAACUUUGAGAGAAGACAUUUGGGAGAUAAGCAAAUGACCACCGACACUGCGAUAUUGUGUGCUAAACUGAUCUUAGAAGAAGGAAGAAGAUUAGAAGACAUGCAGUUUGUAGAUGGCCCUGAAAUUGCUACUGGAGAAAGAGAGGAAAUCCUAUUAUUUCUAAGCGAUUGAUUGAUUAUUUGUGCAAAG